UUUCGAAAAAUUCUCGUUCUUCUACAGAAAAAUGGUAACUGUUAUCAAAUAAAUUCCGGUACAAUCUUAGAGGCAAAUCAAAUUGCACCAGAAUCGAUGAUAAUCACUCGAAUGAAUGGCAGUGGUGGUGGUGGUAAAAUAGUCGAUCAUCGUCUAGUAAAAAAUCUAGCCAAGAAAAUCGAAACAACGUCCACAAUGAUAAUAUUCCAUUUUUGUCAAGAAAUCCACAUGAACAUGGACAUAUAAAACGGCCAAUGAAUGCAUUUAUGGUUUGGGCAAAAGAUGAACGUCGUAAAAUAUUGAAAGCAUGUCCUGAUAUGCAUAAUAGUAAUAUAUCGAAAAUAUUGGGUGCACGUUGGAAAGCGAUGACAACCAUUGAGAAACAGCCAUUCUAUGAGGAACAAUCACGUUUAUCACGUGUUCAUAUGCAACAACAUCCAGAUUAUAGAUAUCGGCCACGGCCAAAACGUACUUGUAUUGUUGAUGGGAAAAAAUUACGUAUAUCCGAAUAUAAACAAUUAAUGCGAUCUAGACGGCAAGAAAUGCGUGCAUUAUGGUAAGUUUUAUAAUAAUAAAAUAAAAUAAAAUUUAGUUUUACAUGCAAACAAAGAAUGAGAAAAAAAAUC